AUGAUCUAACAGUCAGUGAUCAUUUAGGGCGAUUAACCCUCUGUUUGUUAGAAGCUCUGAUGUGGACGUUAUGGAAAGACAAAUGGAACAUGGUCUGUUAGAGGACAGAGGCUUAAGACUCGGAGACGUUCAAUGACCUAGUUACAGUUAUGGCUGUGACAGUUUUUCUAAAGCAGCUCUGUGUGUGAAAGUGUCUGAGUUUGGUUUCAUAUGAACCAACUGAAACACAGUGUGGUCUGACAGGGCAGGAGGUGGUGGGGGGGGGUUAAUAAGUUUCUCAUCUCAUUUCCUGUCUUUGCUCAGUUUGUGUCAGAUGUCGUCUGUUUUUCUCCUCAGCUGAAUCAGGUUUUAGUCGACGUUAUUGUUCCCGUUGAAGACGACGUCAUUCGGACAGUGAUUGACAGCUGAGGGGGCGGAGCCAGCAGAGUCCUGCGGCUGCAGUCGACUUCAGAUGGUGGCCAUGUUUGUUCUGGCCCGGUUACUGAUGAUGAUGGUGAUGAUGAUGAAGAGUGAGGCUGCCUCAGCAGAGACCAUUGAAGUACAUGCAGGAAGCGGUGAGAUCAUCCUGCUGCCUAAUCAUAACUCAUCAGGUCUGAGAAGGAGGAUGAAUCAUGAAUGGGACGUCCGGUGGACUUACAACAACCAGAUGUUGUCGUUGAAGAGCCACAAAAUGACGGGUCAGGACAGACGCUGUGAGCUGCUGAGUGACGGCUCGCUGAGAUUCAGCCAAGUUCAGGCUGAAGACUCAGGAAACUACACCGUGGAGGUGUUUGAUCAAGAUGGGAAGAGACUGACCUGGAUGAACUUCCAGCUGAAGGUGCAGGAGACUCCGCAGACUCUAACUAACAGACGCACAUCGUUGUUGAUCGGCCUCCUCCUCCCGCUCUCUCUGCUGCUGGUCUUCGUCAUCCUCUUCAUCCUGAGGAGGAGGAGGAUUCAUAGCACGAGGACCAAAGGUCCGACGGAGGAAAAUGUUUACGUGUCGAUGCAAGGUCACCAUGGCAACAAGAGGAAGGAGGAGGAGGAGGAGGAGAAGCAGGAGACAGAGGAAGAACCUAUUUAUGUUCCCUGUGUUCCUACUGUUUCCUUGGAAACACCAAUCACACAGCAGAUGUCUGUGGAGGCAGAAGACAUCUACGUGUGACGACCAAUCAGAGCUCACCUGGACUCCACAACUCACCUUCAUUUUCCCUCCGUUGUCUUUUACCUGCUGAGCAUCUUUCACUUUUUAUACAAACACAGAGAAACUUGAUAAAUCUGAUAAAUCCUG